AUGGAGGUGGAACUGGAGCCAUUUGCCUCUUGGCUUGUGUGCCUUUUCUCUGUUAUAAGCCAUGUUACCUUUUUACCAACGGUGCAUCAUUUCUUCAAACAACGCUACGUGUAUGAGGCGGCCAUGGGUAUUUUUGGGAUGACAGCCUCCCUCAUGUAUCACAUUUGUCAGGUACUUAACGCGGAGAUAAUCCUUGAUGAAGCCGGGUGGCAUCGUGUGGAUAAUAUUCUUGUUGUCUCAUUCCUUGGUGCAUGGAGUGUGUACAUGUGUGCCUUCCGUGACCUCUUUACAGAGCGCUGCUCGAAGUACUGCCUUUUGAUGAUGUGUGUCUUAUUUCAAGCGAGGGGGGCGUGGAAAGCCGUAAACACUAUUGUCCCAGUAUUUAUUUGCAUUGGCUUUCCCAUUUGUGUUUACGCAUAUCGCUGGCGUCUUCCAAGCGUUUUCCCGAAUCGUCUUUUCGGUUUCGCCCUCGUAAUGGCAGUUGCCGUUAUUUUCUUCAUAAAGGGCCUUGAUGAUGAGAAUGAUCCCUACAAGAUGUAUCACAGCCUGUGGCACUUCUUCUGUGGAAUCGCAUCAUAUUUGAUGUGGACGCUACUUAAGGUGCCAGGAGUAACAGGUGUAAUGGGAAAGAGCAUUCAUGUGUAA